AUGGAGGAUUUAAUGUCCCCUUCUUCUUCUUCUUCAUUGAAAUCAUUUCGUAAAGAUUCUUCUUCUCCUCUCCAUCAUCGCCUUCAGUUCAUCCUCCAAAGCCGGCCUGAAUGUUGGCUCUAUGCCGUCUUCUGGCAAGCAACCAAGGAUGCUACUGGUUCCCUUGUUUUAUCAUGGGCUGAUGGUAGUUUCCAUGGCGCUAAAGAAUUUGCUGCCAAAGCUAGCAACCACAAUAAAUUUGGCUUCAAUCCAGAAAAGAGGAAGACGACAAUGAUUAAUAGCAAUAAAGAGUUUCCAACUCUUUUCAGUGAUGAAAUGGACAUGGAUGGGUUGGCAGAUGUUGAUGUUAUUGACUAUGAGUGGUUCUAUACGGUAUCUGUAACAAGAUCCUACGCUGUUGAUAGGGAUGGAAUCCUCAGUAGGGCAUUUGGCUCUGGGAAUUUUAUUUGGUUGACUGGUGAUAAUGAGUUACAGUUAUAUGAUUACUGUGAUAGGGUCAAAGAAGCUCGUAUGCACGGAAUACAAACGUUGGUUUGUAUUUCAACCUGUAAUGGAGUUGUUGAAUUUGGAUCUUCAACCUUGAUUAAUGAAGAUUGGAGUCUGGUGCAACAUUGCAAAUCACUUUUUGGAGUAGAAAAUUCUCAUCAACUUCAAAUCCCUAAGAAUGGUAAUAAUGCUUCUCCUUCUUCUUCCUGUUUUCUUGACAUUGGCAUUUUUUCAGAUUCUCAUCAAAAGGAGACUUGUCAAGAAAAGAAAAAUGAAGGAGAAACAUCAAUAAAGAGAAAGAAAGAUGGAGUUAGUAAUAGUCAACAAGGUGGUCGAACAUCUUCUGAUUCUGGAAGUACGUAUCCAUGCAAGAAAAGAUCAAGAAAGCAAUCUGCAGGUAAAGAAACGCAUCUAAACCAUGUAGAAGCGGAGAGACAACGCAGGGAAAGGCUUAAUCAUAGAUUCUAUUCGCUUCGAUCUGUAGUUCCUACUGUGUCGAAAAUGGAUAAAGCAUCUUUACUAGCAGAUGCGGUGACUUAUAUAAAAGAACUCAAGGCCAAAGUUGAUGAACUAGAAACUAAACAACAAGCAAUAAUAAUGUCCAAGAAUAAUAAUAAUCAUAAUAAACUUAACAAUGGCAAUGACAUCUUCAGAUCUUUUUCAAGUCACAGAGCCAAAGUUAUAGAAGUUGAUGUAAAAAUUUUAGGAUCAUCAGAAGCUAUGAUCCGAGUCCUUUCCCCUAAUGUUAAUCAUCCAGCUGCGAGGUUAAUGGAUGCUCUAAGAGAAGCGGAGUGUCAAGUUCAUCAUGGAAGUGUGUCAAGCAUUAAGGACAUGUUGCUUCAAGAUGUUAUGGUUAGGGUUCCUGAUGGGUUAAAAGAUGAAGAGACCGUUAGAACUGCUGUUCUUCAGAAAAUGCAGACUUAAGCAUAUAUAUAACAUAUAUAUUCUUUUCUCCAGUUCAAGUAUCUGCUGAGGAGUUCUUCUCAUGUUCACAAAAUGUUGAGUGUAAUUUGUUCUGUUACUAGUACAAUGGGCCCUAGUUAUCUUUGUAUUGUGUU